CUCUGCUGGCCAUCAGGGGUGCAUCAAUUUUUGGCCUGCCCCUUUAACCUACUUUCCCUGCUUUCCUUUAUGAGCAAAAUACUUCUGAUGAAAGAAUUUUGGCUUCCAGAUGACUUGAGUCAGAGUGGUAUCCCAAUCCUCGUUACUGCAAUCAAAUCCCUCGAUAAGACCUGCACGGUUCACCUGGUCCUCUCCAGUAUAUCAGAGAGGAAAUUCCUCUACAAGCAUCUUCAGGGAAAGCAUCUGAGUUGUGGGGCGGUCCAUGACUUGUGCCAGAGGAAUCGGGAAGCGCGAGACGGCCUCGUGUACCAAGAUUUUCUUACUGCAUUCAGGCCUGAGUCUGGAACAGCUGUCAUCAUUGAGUGUUUGAAUGAUUUUUUACUCCAUCUGGGGCUCACUAGGACCUGUCAGCUUCUUUUUGACCUUUCCAAAAAACAAAAAGCGUGUGUCCUGGCCUUGCUACAUAUAGACUGCAUUGAAGAAGGGAUGUUGCCUUCCAUUGAGAAAUAUGCAAGUAUGAUUUCACAAAUCCAAGAAUCAGAGAGUGGAAGUCAUGACAUACCAGUUGAAACUAAACUGAUAUCAGGCAGCGGGAGAGUCACUCGAAAGAAGGAGCAUGUGAUUUUGAACAAAUCACUGGAGUUGGUGGAUGUGAAAGACUGGGACCCGAAACCAAAGGGGAAAGUGCAACCAGGAGGAGGAGAGAACGAUCCCGAGAAGAUCAUGUCUCGGUUGACCACGUUCGACCUGAGUCUGAAGGAGAAAGAGAGACGUGCACGAAGCAGAGUCCAGCUCCCUUACAUGGACAAAGUGGGAGGUGGAGGGCACAUCUUCUAUACAUGCGAUGAUGCAGAUGACUUCGACGAAGAGGAUCCUGACAAUGACCUGGACAUAUAACCUCUCCAGGUGGAAAAGGGAGAGCAGAAGAUUUGAUUGGGUCCGAGUUUCAUCAUCGCCUGUCCAUCUGUGUCAUCCCCUCCCAUCUCGACCCGAGAUGAAUCGAAGCCCGUGGAUGGGGACCGUGCUGGGAUGAUCUCGAAUCAGGGGAUUCUCCAUUUCCAUAUGGGAAGUAGAACAGAUUGGAGUGUUGAAGGAACAGAGAGUGUGUUUCAAUGAUUGGAGCUGGUGCUGCAAAUUGUUUCAUCAAUGGAAAUUGAGAAAUUGUCAUGAACACAUGUUGAUUUCAUGUUCUGUUGGAAAUUCUGGG